CAAUUAAACCCCAGCCCCUUACUUUCCUGUCGUGCGGGGGUGCUUCCCGUGUGGAGCCCCGCUUUGAUGACUAACGGCUCAACAAACAAAGCAAAGUUUUGCUCCAAGAAACAAACCCACCCGGUCUGACUCGCUAGAAGGGUCGAGAACGAAGAUGAUGUUCAGAGCGUUGCUGUGUCUGGCCCUAUUCGUGGGAUCUGUAUCUGCCUGGGGAAGCUGGUUCAGCAUGAACAAGAACACAGAAUGCGGUUCCUUCCGAAGCCAACGGGCAGGCUGGCUCUUCAGCAAUUCCAUGACUGAUAUCGACACGCGUCAAUUUCUGGAUGACAUGAAAGCUUACGACACCAACAAAGAUGGCUACGUCACUCCAGUCGAAAUGAGGAACCCAACUGUUGCAGCCACCUUCGACAGUGCUUUUAACCUGACCGCUGGAGUCGACCGUUGCACCUUCGUGACGUUUUUUAAGAAGCGGUAUGGAAUCAGCACGGCGGUCGCAGGCCGCCUCUUCGACAUUGAGGACGUCAACGGUGACCUCAGGUUCUCCACUGCAGACCGGGGCGACUUCAGCCCGAUUGAUGAGGAUGGUGAUGGCCGAGUGCCUGUGUGUGUAGCUUUCCGGGGCGGCAUGGCCAUUCUCGCAGAUUUGGAAAACAAGGUCUACCUAGCAGACCUGAAGUAUACGAACAUCGUCUACAAGUACAGGAAACCCUCACCCAUAUGGUCCUGGGGGUGGUCCUCCUAAACCACCAUGUUUGUCAUGGCAACGGAGGGGCGAGGCCGUUACCGCAAGGAUGAUAAACGUAAUCCUGUGUUAAUAAAGUGAUGCAUACUCA